GCCCGGAACGCGGCAGGGAGUGGCAGCAGGAAAGAAAUGUGAACAGUGCUCGUACACGUGGCAGCGGAGUGGCAGUUAUCGUUCACGUGGCACUGUAAAGCAGUGUUAUCGCCUACAGUGUCAGUCACUCCACGCCGGCCGGAGAGAAAACAUGAAAGUGUUACGGAGGGGCGCCUUCCGCCACCUGUACCUGCUUUUUCUGUUCGUCCUCUUCAUCUUCUACUUGAGUCGAGUCCACAAAGUCGACAUCGAGGACGACUGGGAGUCCGUCAAGAGAGACCUGGUGGAAAAAGCCAAGGCCAAGCCCGGCGGAUACUUCGAUAAAGAUAACAAUGCCAAUGCGAAUGAUGUAGGCGACGAGGAUAUAUUCCCCGAGAGCGGCGUGGUCCCCGGGGGCGCGCAGCCCCUGAAGGACUGGCACAACCUGACGCAGGAGCGGCAGGACCGCCUGCGGAGUGGCCCGGGCGAGCACGGGGCGCCGCACCACCUCUCCGCCGGACGCGAGAAAGAGAGGGACGCUCUGUUCGAAACCAACGGCUUCAACGCUCUCCUCAGCGACGACAUCGCCCUCGACCGAUCCCUCAAGGACAUCAGGCACCCCANGUGUCAGGAGAAGCGUUACGCUGCGUCCCUGCCGACGGUAAGUGUUGUGAUCCCGUUCUUCGAAGAGCACUGGACGACGCUGUUACGAACGGUCGUGUCGGUGGCCAACCGGUCGCCCAAGCAUCUGCUCAAGCAGAUCAUCCUCGUCGACGACGGCAGCACCAUGAAAGCGUUUCUGAAGGAGCCGCUGGAAACGUGGCUUGCGGAGCACGUGCCGAUCACGCAGGUGGUGCGCCUCCCGGAGCGCCGCGGCCUUAUCACGGCGCGGCAGGAGGGCGCCAAGAGGGCCACGGCCGAUGUCAUUGUCGUCCUGGACUCCCACUGCGAGGUCAUGAUCAACUGGCUACCGCCUCUGCUUGACCCCAUCGUCAGGAACCCCCGCACGGCCGUGUGCCCUUUGAUCGACGUUAUCAACAAGGACACGUUCGCGUAUUCGGCGCAGGACAACGGCGGCCGCGGUGCCUUCGACUGGAGGCUUUACUACAAGCGCCUGCCACUUCCGCCCGAGGACGAGGCGCGGCUGCCCGAACCCUUCGAGAACCCAGUCAUGAACGGCGGCCUCUUCGCCAUCAGCCGCAAGUUCUUCUGGGAGCUCGGCGGCUACGACCCCGGCCUCGCCAUCUGGGGCGGCGAGCAGUACGACCUCUCGUUCAAGAUCUGGCAGUGCGGCGGGCGGAUGCUGGACGCGCCGUGCUCGCGCGUCGGCCACGUGUUCCGGCACGCGCCCAAGGGCAGGCCCUCGGUGCACUUCGACUUCCUGAGCAAGAACUACAAGCGCGUGGCGGCGGUGUGGAUGGACGAGUACGCGGAGGCGCUGUACCGCAGGAACCCGCACCUGAGGGAGGUCGACGAAGGGGAUGUUUCCAGAGAGGUCGAGAUCCGCAAGAAGCUCAAGUGCAAGAGCUUCAAGUGGUUCCUGGAGAACGUGGCGCCGGACCUGCUCGUCAAAUACCCGCCCGUCGAGCCCCCGGACUUCGCCAACGGGACCAUCCGGAGCAAGGCUUCCCCGACGCUGUGUCUGGAUAACGGCUCCCGUGAAUACGGGGACAUCAUCAUGUACAACUGCCACGGAGGAUACAGUCAGUACUUCUCUCUCUGUUGGAGGAAAACGAUUAAGAUACAGAACGAACAAUUCUGCUGGAUGCUUCCCCACAGCAGAGACAAAGCACCGGCGCAGUUCAACUGCCAGAAUUCCCACCACGUUCCUGCACAGACGUGGAGAUACGAUCCCGACACGCAGCAGAUCCAGAGCGAGCUGCACGGCUGGUGCGUGGAGGCGAGCCCCAGCGCGCGCACCGUCCACAUGGCCAACUGCGACGCGUCCAAGCUCGACCAGAAAUGGGAGUGGACGUUCACCAACACCAAGCUCAUCCACGACACGUUCCCGCCGUUCUCGGGCCGGGAUACUCUCUAGGGGCGGAGGGGAGGGACGGGAGGGGGUAAUAAGAGGGCGCUGGGACAGAAGGGAGGGGAGGAGGCGACGCUGCCGGUGCUGGAGGGUUGGGGCAGCGGAAGGCAGUGGAUGGCUGGGUAGAAAUGAGGCUAAGCCUUACUUCUUUCCAGAUAAUUGAAGAAUGACUGAAAAUCAGCGUUGGAUUUUCAAGGCCUCUAAAGGCUCUGUAAAUAUACUUUGCUACCUGUUAUGAUAACUGUAAAUCAUGGAACUUUCCGUGCUGAUAACAAUAAUAUGGAUAAAAAUCACUUUUUGUGAAGCAGCUCCGGCGUGACUGCUAGUCAGUGAGGGAGAGAAAGGUCAUGCAAAUAAAUUAUUUAUUUAGAUUUGAUUCCGGCGUUGGGUGCGGAUGGCGUGCGAGCGCGCGCUGGCUGGUCCGGACCCGAUUCACGUUUUCAGGGAAGAAACCGUUCACUUUGAGAAUCUGUUGUCCAGUUCGCAAGGAAAGAGACCCUGAUAUGCUUCUCGUCUUGAACAAACGAACAGACUAAAAUGCAGUCAAAAAGCACCAAAAGUCUUAUUCAUCGAGCAACGAGUUGCCUUCAUUUACUCAGGCAAGAUUCGACGUUCG